GCGGACGUCCCGGAAGGGGAAGACGAAGGGGCUGAAGCACCUUCGCGAAGUGCGCGCCGGGGCCGGGAGAGUUUGAACUGCGCGCAGGCGCCGGGACCGUGGAGGGGCGGGAUCCCGAGUGGUUGCGGGCUCCGAAGCCUCCGGCGGCUGCGGGAACUGGGCCUGCGCUCGUGCUUCUUCCGGCCUCGUGGCGGUGCGCGGGCCGCGCGGAUCCCGCGAAGUCCUGAGGUCCCGGCGGGGCUGGAAGCGGAGCGUCUCGUAGACACUAGGCAGCUCCCCGAGUCUUUGCAGGAGCCUCCUCACUUCGACUUCUGUCUCCGUCCAAACCAUUCUCCACCCAGAGUUGUAAGGAACGCAAUAUUUUUAAAAGGGAGGUGUAAUGUCUCAGGAAGGUAAUUAUGGGAAAUGGACAAUAUCAAGCAGUGACGAAAGUGAGGAGGAAAAGCCCAAACCAGACAAUCCGUCUACCUCUCUCCUCCCCUGCGCUGGGCAGCGAGCAGCCUAUGAGCCUAGGUACACCUGUUCAGAGGCUCGGAAAGCUGCCCACAGGAGGAAAAUAUCACCCGUGAAAUUCAGCAACGCAGAUGCGGCUUCAGAUGCCAAGAGGCAGAAGAGCGGUUCCCAGGAAGAGCUGGGUUGGUGUCUCUCCAGCAGCGACGAUGAGCUGCCCCCAGAGGCGCAGCAGAAGGCAGCCGAGAAAGUGGUGGUCAAAGAGGAGAAAGGUGUCUCCUCACCCAAAGACAAUGCUGCCCCACGAGCUGGAAAUCACGGCCCUCCUGCCCACCACGUGCUCGAAGAGGACGAGUAUGAGACAUCGGGGGAAGGCCAGGACAUUUGGGACAUGCUGGAUAAAGGGAACCCCUUCCAGUUUUACCUCACGAGAGUCUCGGGAAUUAAGGCCAAGUAUAACUCCGGAGCCCUGCAUAUCAAGGAUAUUUUAUCGCCUCUGUUUGGGACACUUGUAUCUUCAGCACAGUUCAACUACUGCUUUGACGUGGACUGGCUCAUAAAACAGUACCCACCCGAGUUCAGGAGGAAGCCGAUCCUGCUGGUGCAUGGCGAGAAGCGAGAAGCGAAGGCUCACCUGCACGCUGAGGCAAAGCCUUAUGAGAACAUUUCCCUCUGCCAGGCAAAGUUGGACAUUGCAUUUGGAACACACCACACGAAAAUGAUGCUCCUACUGUACGAAGAAGGCCUCCGGGUCGUCGUCCACACCGCCAACCUCAUCCGCGCGGACUGGCACCAGAAGACGCAGGGAAUAUGGUUGAGCCCUUUGUACCCACGAAUUGCCCACGGAACCCACACGUCUGGAGAAUCGGCUACACACUUCAAAGCUGAUCUUAUCAGCUACUUGACGGCUUAUAACGCUGCCCCUCUCCAGGAGUGGAUAGACAUCAUCCAGGACCAUGACCUCUCUGAGACCAAUGUUUACCUCGUGGGAUCAACCCCAGGACGCUUCCAAGGAGGCCAGAAGGACGACUGGGGGCACUUUCGGCUUAGGAAGCUUCUGAGAGAGCACGCCGCGUCCACACCCAGCGCGGAGGCCUGGCCCAUCGUAGGCCAGUUCUCCAGCAUCGGCUCCCUGGGGGCUGACGCGUCCAAAUGGCUGUGCUCCGAGUUUAAGGAGACCUUGGCGACCCUGGGGAGGGACACCAGGGCCCCCGGCAAAGGCGUCGCUCCGCUCCAUUUGAUCUAUCCUUCUGUGGAAAAUGUGAGGACCAGCUUAGAAGGGUACCCAGCUGGGGGCUCUCUUCCCUAUAGCAUCCAGACAGCGGAAAAACAGAGUUGGCUCCAUUCCUAUUUCCACAAAUGGUCAGCGGAGACGUCGGGCCGCAGCAACGCCAUGCCGCACAUUAAGACGUACAUGAGGCCCUCUCCAGACUUCAGUCGGAUUGCUUGGUUCCUUGUCACAAGCGCGAACCUGUCCAAGGCCGCCUGGGGGGCGCUGGAGAAGAACGGCGCCCAGCUGAUGAUCCGAUCCUACGAGCUCGGGGUCCUUUUCCUCCCGUCGGCAUUUGGCCUGGACAGCUUCCGGGUGAAGCCGCGGUUCUUCUCUGGCGGCCAGGAGCCGGCGGCGUCCUUCCCCGUGCCCUGUGACCUCCCUCCGGAGCUGUACGGGAGCAAAGAUCGGCCGUGGAUUUGGAACAUUCCCUACACCAAAGCCCCGGACACACACGGGAACAUGUGGGUCCCCACCUGAGAGGGUGGGCGGAAGCUCUGUGAAACUCACGCGUAAGACACUGAGCCCCAAACAUCAAAUGUUCCUGUUCAUCCGGGGUGUUCGGGUCCCUCCGAGUCCUCUCUGCACCCCCGGGACACUCCCUGCAAGGGUCACUCUUUUGAACAUGGAUGUUGGUUAUAGGUUUAGCGGUCCUUAACAUUUUUCACGAAAAAAAAAGUUAUAUUUUCUUAAUUCUCAUUUCCGCGCUGUGCUUUGGAAUAAGAGCGAUUAAACGUCACACUGUGAGAAGAACACACAGAUGGAAA